UUUACUCCAAUGAGACAAAUUCCCUUUAUGAAAUAAGAAGAUAGGAAGCUGUGUUUCUAAGCUCUUUCUCAUAACAUUGACAUCACUCUAACAAAGCUAUAGUUUUAGUUAAACCAUGUAUUGAGAGAGCAAUUUUGCAAACAAAAAAGAGCUUGAUUCUUAAAAGAAACAUACACACAUACACCCUUUGUUUUUUUUGGGUACUUUUUGUAUUGGUGAUCCAAGUGAAAAAUGAGCAUGAUUAAUUCUCUUUGUGGUAGCAUGGGCUCCAUUAAGAGUGAAAACUCAUGUGAGUCACUUGUUGAGCCUAAGAAAAUUGCUCCUCCAUCUUGUGAUAUGGAGCAAAACAGCUUAACCCCUCCAAGCCUCAACUUCCCACCAGUGAAAUUUGAGUUGGAUGGUGAUGUUGAGGUUCAAUCCCCAGACAGUUCUAUUUGGGAAACUUUCUUCUCUGAUCAUUUUGAUGCUGAUUUCAUGGUCUCAUCUCCAGUGAGGAACUUACCAUCUCCACAAAUAUCAAGCUAUAACUUCAACAAUGUUAUGUCAAUGCAAGGGCAGAGUAUCUUAGGGUGUUCUCCACCUCGGUUUUCGCCUCAGCUCGGAUCCUAUAGCAGCAGCAGCGGCAACAAGGGGAAAGGGCAGAGCCCACUUCAUAGAGUGUUUAACUCACCUAACGAUCAGUUCAUGCAGGUUGAGAGUCUUUCACUGCCUGCUAUAGAAGAAUUCUUGGAUGAUGGUUAUGAAGAUCAGUACCAAACAACAAAGAUUUCAGGUAUUGGAACUACAAAUAACAUGUUUGAGAUGCCAACUACAGGUCCAUCAAUGUUGGAUUGCAUUUCAAUGCCAAACUCUUCAACGUUUUGCGGUUCUGCGAGUGAAACCACAUCGUCUCAGUUGGACCAGGAGCAACACUAUCAGUUAAACUCUGUCUCAAGAGCACCAUUAUCCCAACAAUUGCAACAAGAGAAGCAACAAGAAAAGCAAAUAUCAGCAGCAGCAGCUGAACAACAGCAGCACCAGAACCUUGGCCAUACCUUAAUGGUUCCUAUUCCUAUUGGCCCUGAGCAGGAGCAAGAUAGUGGACUUCAAUUGGUCCACCUCCUCCUAGCAUGUGCUGAAGCAGUGGCCAAAGAGGAUUACCUGUCAGCAAGAAAAUAUAUACAUCACCUAAAUCGAGUGGUAACUCCCCUUGGGGACUCCAUGCAAAGGGUUGCCUCAUGCUUCACUGAAGCCCUAAGUGCAAGGCUUGCCGCCACCAUGACCACCAGUCCCAGCACUUCCUCUUCACCAAAACCAUACUCUCCUUUCCCAUCAAACUCCUUGGAAGUCCUCAAGAUUUACCAAAUUGUUUACCAAGCAUGUCCCUACAUAAAAUUUGCACAUUUCACUGCUAAUCAAGCCAUCUUUGAGGCCUUCGAAACUGAAGAACGUGUUCAUGUGAUUGACUUAGAUAUCCUCCAAGGCUAUCAAUGGCCAGCUUUCAUGCAAGCUCUAGCUGCCCGACCCAGUGGAGCUCCAUUUUUGAGGAUAACAGGGGUUGGACCUUCCAUUGAAGCCAUUAAAGAGACAGGGAGAUGUUUGACUGAGCUAGCUCACUCCCUUCACAUUCCAUUUGAGUUCCACCCAAUUGGGGAGAAACUUGAAAAUAUAAAGGCCCACAUGUUCAACAGGAGAGUUGGUGAGGCUCUAGCCGUUAAUGCCGUCAACACGCUCCACCGAGUCCCUGGGAACUGCCUUGGGAACCUAUUGGCAAUGAUCCGUAACCAAGCGCCUAACAUCGUGACCCUUGUUGAACAAGAAGCAAGCCAUAAUGGACCUUACUUCUUAGGCCGUUUCCUCGAGGCAUUGCACUAUUAUUCAGCCAUAUUUGACUCAUUGGAUGCCACUUUUCCUCCGGAUUCCGCUCAAAGAGCCAAAGUAGAGCAGUACAUAUUUGCACCAGAGAUCAGAAACAUAGUGGCGUGUGAAGGCAGUGAGAGGAUUGAAAGGCACGAGAGGCUGGAGAAAUGGAGGAAAUUAAUGGAAGGAAAAGGAUUCAAAGGGGUGCCCUUAAGUGCCAAUGCAGUCACUCAAUCAAAGAUCCUGCUGGGUUUAUAUUCUUGUGAUGGUUAUCGAUUGACUGAAGAUAAAGGUUGCCUGCUUUUGGGGUGGCAAGAUAGAGCCAUUCUUGCUGCUUCUGCAUGGCGACGUUGAAUCAUCUUCAUCAUCCCUUUGUGGUGUUUACAUCCGAUGAAUGUUCCUUUUUCAUCUUGCCAGGUUUUUUUUUAAAUUUGUUGUUAUUGGUAAAUUACAAUCUUUUCUUAUAGAGUUCAUCAGAUUUGGUGAAAAUGGUGAGGAACCAUUUGCCAGACGACGCUCUGAUCAGCUUCUAGGUUCGACAUGGAUUAAAAUUAUUGAUUUAUAUGAUAAUUAAACUUGUUAAUUUCUCAUUAA